UUCGUGGUUAAUUGAAUGCAUGGGUGUAGAAGCUGCUGCCACAGGAAGCUGACACUACAGUUGUCCAGGACUACAGUGGAGCUCCAGGCCCCUCCAGAGUAGCAGCGGCUGUCUGUUGGAGAAAUGGAGGCACAGUCCUACUGCGCCAAGCUCUUGGGGGAGUUGAAUGAGCAGCGGAAACGAGACUUUUUCUGUGACUGCAGCAUCAUCGUGGAAGGGCGCAUCUUCAAGGCCCACAGGAACAUUCUGUUCGCUAACAGUGGCUACUUCCGUGCCCUGCUCCUUCACUACAUCCAGGACAGCGGGCGGCACAGCACAGCUUCCUUGGACAUCGUCACCUCCGACGCCUUCUCCACCAUCCUAGAUUUCCUCUACUCUGGCAAGUUGGAUCUGUGUGGCGAGAACGUGAUUGAAGUCAUGUCAGCUGCCAGCUACCUGCAGAUGAAUGACGUGGUCAACUUCUGUAAGACAUACAUCCGGUCGUCCCUGGAUAUCUGCAGAAAGAUGGAGAAGGAGGCCGCUGUGGCUGCAGCAAUGGCAGCGGCGGCUGCGGCGGCGGCAGCUGCAGCCCAUCAGAUAGACAGUGAAAGUCCAAAUUCAGGACUGGAGGGGACUUCCUGUGGUACCAAGAGCUUUGUCUUAUCCCCAGUAGAUGGAGAAGGGAGUCUAGACUGUACAAGAUCAUCUCCUUGUGAUGACUGCUACCCCUUGGAGCUGGUGUCGAAAGACAGUCAGGGCUCUGGGGCGUCCGACAGUGACCUUUGUAUUGUGCCCAGCCGGGUUGAACCUAAGGUGGAAUUCGAUGUUGCCAGAGUGGAGGUGGAGGCUGACGAACAGCUGCAGCAGUAUGCCGCCCCACUGGCCCAUGCGGAGGAAGGCCUGCCCAGUAACCAGGCCUUGGAUCUGACUUAUAGCAGCUACCACGUGAAGCAGUUCCUGGAGGCGCUCCUGCGCAACGGUGCUGUCCAGAGCAAAGAGGACUCGGAUCAUCACUUUUCUCGUGGCUUGGAGGGAAGACUGGAAGGUCCAGGAGUCGCCAUGAGUUCAGUGAUAGACGUUCAGAACGAUUGGUACAGAGAGGACUCAGGCGAUGUGCUGGUGGUUCCCAUCAAGCUCCACAAGUGUCCUUUCUGCCCUUACACUGCCAAGCAGAAGGGCAUCCUCAAGCGGCACAUCCGGUCCCACACUGGCGAACGGCCGUACCCCUGCGAGACCUGCGGCAAGAGGUUCACUCGACAGGAGCACCUCCGGAGUCACGCCCUGAGUGUCCACAGAUCCAGCCGUCCAAUCAUCUGCAAAGGCUGUCGACGAACCUUUACGAGCCACCUGUCCCAGGGGCUGCGGCGCUUCGGGCUGUGUGACAGCUGCACCUGUGUCACAGACCCCCACGAUGAAGAUGACGACCUGAUGCCCGUCAACCUUAGCCUGGUGGAGGCCUCUUCUGAAAGCCACGAGAAGAGUGACACAGACGACUGGCCCAUCUACAUAGAGUCUGGUGAGGAGAACGACCCAACUGCCGAGGAUUCUGAUGACAAGCCACACAUUCGGCCCAACUUAGCAGCCCCAGAGACGCUCACGUAGUAGUGACUCAGCGGGCAGGUUUUAAGUGUUAUGGCUUGUUCUACAGUGAAAGCUACCAUGUGUUGAGCUUUGUGAGACUUGGGGAUCGUCUCCCUGCAAUGUUAUUACACUUGGAUUUUUUUUUCUUUUUUGUUAGACUACGUAACAGAGGCUGGAAGUUGUGGUUCAAAAGACCGCUGACUUUUUAGCGUGGAGCCUGAGGGUUUUGUUGGCCUCUCCUUGGUUCUGACUGAACUGAGGUUGAGCCCUGAGGCUUUCUAAUUUCCCUACUGAGAAGCCGACUCUGGGCGGGAGGAAAAUAAGAAAACCUCUCUGCUUAGCACUCUGCCCGGUCUUUUACUUUCUUCCGCCAUUACCAUCUUCUAAAGAGGUGGCAAGAAUAUGUUGUCAGAACAUCGGUCUUUCCCCUGCCAGGCUUCUCGAAAUGAAUUCCACCGUUUAAUUUUCUGGGAAUCUGCUUCGAUAAAAAGCAGGCAGGGCCAACUACAUGGUCAUAAAAAGCACUCCCUAAAUCUAAGACUGUACCUUUAAAGGCCGGAGGAAGCUAUGUGCAGACAAAUCCUGAAACAAAUUGCAGGUUCAUUUGGGGGGGGGGCUUGCUUGUCCACUUGGUUUGAGUUAAAUUAAAUGAGCCCCCAGAGAAGAGCCAGUGAGGCUGGGCAGGACAGUGCCCCUGCGUAGGCUGCUAUUUGACAAUUCCGUACACACAAAUCCUCCAUUCUGAGAUUAGAAAGCAAGUCAUUUGGGCAGAACUUAAAAAGGCUCCCUGGAUUUCUUAGUCAUUUCCUGAACAUGCAACCUGGACAUGCGCAUCUUGAUGACAUUCCUGGACAUGGGUGUCCAGCUGACAUCCUGUCACCUAGUUUAUGCCCAGACUUGAGCUGCAGGGCGGGGACGGGCAUGCCUAACUAACAUUCAGGCUUUAGAAGACCUUCUAGAAGGAAGGAGCUGGGUAGAACAGGUUUGAAGCCAGUCUGUUUUUCACCCACUCUGCAGCCAGGUCACAAUUCCAGCAAAGCAAGUGUCUUUAUAAAGUAUCAAAGGACAGGUGAGACCGUGGACGAAUGGUGCACUAGAGGGUACUUUCACGGACUUUUCUUAAAAGUAUCCAAAGUGGACUUUAAAAGAAAUCCCUUGUCUUCCUUUAAUUUUAAUACAGUUUCAAAAAGCAGUGAAGUCACGAGUCUCUCUGCCUUUUGAACAGUACCUAGUGAGACGCGUUUAUAAACUGACUUGUAUGUGCUGUCUUGUCAUUAAAGAGUUAAAGUUUUUGUUUGUUGGCUCGUAUUUUGAGACAGGGUUUCUCUGGGUAGCCUAGGUUGCUGUGGAACCCACUGGGCAGACCAGGCUGGCACAAGUUCUAACUGCCUCUGUCUUCCAAGGGCUGGGAUUAAAGGUGUACACCCCUCACCUGGCAGGACUGGGGUUGCAGCUCAUUGUCUGUCAUUAGGAAGGCCCUGGGUCCAGUCUCUAGUCCUGCAAUAAAUAAAUACCUAAUUCUGUGCUGGCUACAAGAAAAAAAGCCAUUAGAAAAGGAAA